CAGCUUGUCUACGUCGGCAUGAAGAACAUUGCCAAGCCACAGGCUUCGUCACACUUCUGGAUCUCCUUCCCUCAGCCUUCACAGCGGACAAAACACACCACAGCCUACACAACAUGAAGUCUGCGGCUUUGCCGCUUCGCAAGCGGCCGCAGUUUGUCUGUCAACUGUGCGAUCACGCUCUCCGACACCCAGCGCGUCGCUCGUUCAUCACCACGUCAACACUCGCAGCCCCCGCGAUACACCGUUCUGCGCCUGCAAGCCAUGGUCUACUACCUCGCAUACCAACGCGUACCUUUACGACGACCAGGUCGAUGAUGGACGCUGGCUCAGGUGUCGAGCCAGGGGUGGAGAGGGGUCAGCAACAAUGGGACAAGAUGGCUGUACUGAAAGCGAAACUUGCUGAUGUGGAAAAGCGCAUGUAUUGGAUCGAAUCAUCGCCCAAAGUUGAAUCAGAAGCAGAGACCCUUGCAGUUCUUCGGGGAUUAGCAGAUGUUGCACGACAAGCCAUUGCAAUCCGGACACAGCAACCCUUUCCUGCAAAAAUGAACAUCAAACAAAGUUCGGCCGGCGCUAUAUUGACAAUGGGCCGUGACGUUGACGACGCUGCUGCGAAUGUCCCAGAACGAAAGGCCAAACCGACGUCUUUGAGCAACCUCCCCUCGCCAUCAUAUCUUUCUUCGUUAGCUUUGAACCUUAUCAAGCAUCCGAAAGUCUUUCUUUCGUCCAGUGUACUCGAGCUGUACAUUGCCUUUCAACGACUCGUGGCAUGUCCCCGUACCAUACCCGAGGCACUUCAUUUGUAUGCACAUAAGCCUGUGCCCGAAGUCAACUCAUCGCCACCAAAGUACUCUAAGCCAUCACCAAAGGCUGCUAGACAAGCCAUCCCAGCUAAACUAGCAGAUGAGGCCCUCGCCGCCGCGAUUGAAGCAAAAGAUAUGCCAUUGGCCCUUGACGUGGUGGAAGAAUCAUAUCGUGCUCCAGCAUGGCGGCGUCAUAAAAUGGUGACCAAAUUGACUGUUCCAGGGGUGUUGGCUGCCCUCACGCCAUUGGGUCUUUACACGAUCGCGCAAGAACUGUCUCUAUACAGUGGAUACAUAGAUCCUGCGAUGUUCAAACUAUAUACGUUCAUGGGCAUGUCAACAUAUGUCUUGUGCACCGGCACAUUGGGCUUUGUUGCGCUGACUACAUACAACGACAACCACAAAAGGGUGGUAUGGAGACCUGGUAUGCCUCUCCUCGAUCGUUACAUGCGAGAAGAUGAACGGGCAGCUAUGGACCGGAUAGCCUGUGCUUGGGGUUUCAAGGAAGAAUGGCGACGGGGUGAUGAAGAGGGCGAGGAGUGGGAGGGGUUGAAGGAGCUGGUUCUACUGAGGGGUAUGAUCUUGGACAAACCAGAUUUGAUGCCGGGCAUGAAUGCGUAG